AUGCGUGGAGCGCACUUCCAGAAAGGUAUCGAGCGUGCGCGAACAUGGAAAGAAGUCGUCAAGCGUGACUUGGUGGUAUUAACGCGCGAAGACCAUGAAGAGGACAACCCGCUCUCAGCAUGGUUUAAACCAAAGCUCGUCAGCGCAUAUCACUACAUCUUCCAAUCACUACGCCCGCUUGUUCGUACUGAAGCUGGAGACUUCUACGACUACGAGGACUCGAAGGUCAUCAAGGUCGUGACGGGUAUAAUCACCCUUAUAGCAACUAUCGCCGUUUCGCUGCUUCCGAGUCUUAUCAUGUUCUGGCUGUUCCAUGUGAAGAGGACGAUCACGAGGAUCUGGGUCACCAUUGGGUCUACCGUUUGCAUCGGAGUUCUUCUUAGAAUCUUCACCACCGCAACGAUGAAGGAGAUCUUCGGUGGCACAGCGGCGUAUGUCUUCCCUUAUACCUAUUGA